CACACUACACUACACUACACUACACUCCUACUGCUACUGUUCACUGUCAUCCACACACCCACUCUCCUCCUCCUCCUCCCUCCAUCCAUGGCUGAAUGAAGCCCAAACCUUCACACCCUCUCUCCCCUCCCCCCCUUCUUAUAUCAAUGAACCGCCAUUGACCCUAUUCGCUCUCUCUUUCUCUCAUCGCAUUCUCUCCCUCCAAUGGCUCUAUCUUCCCUCUUCUUCUUCCUCUUCUUCCUAUCUUCAGCUCUCUGGGUCUCCUCUGCUUCUUCUGUCUCAGACCCGACCGUUAAGACCUUCAUCGUGCAGGUCCACCCCGACGCCGUCAAGCCCUCCGUCUUCCCCACCCAGGCCCACUGGUACGCUUCCUCCCUCUCCUCCUCCUCCGCCGCCGACCGCAUCCUCCACACUUACUCCACCGUCUUCCGCGGCUUCUCCGCCCGGCUUUCCCCCUCCGAGGCCGACUCCCUCCGCGCCCUCCCCCACGUCGCCGCCCUCAUCCCCGAGCAGGUCCGCCACGUGCACACCACGCGCUCCCCGGAGUUCCUCGGCCUGAAGAGCACCGACAGCGCCGGCCUCCUCAAGGAGUCCGACUUCGGGUCGGACCUCGUCAUCGGGGUCAUCGACACCGGGAUCUGGCCGGAGCGCCAGAGCUUCAACGACAAGGAGAUCGGCCCUGUACCCCCCAAGUGGAAGGGCGAAUGCGUCGCCGGAGACAACUUCCCCUCCACGUCAUGCAACCGGAAGCUGAUCGGCGCUCGGUUCUUCUGCGCCGGCUACGAGGCCACCAACGGCAGGAUGAACCAGUCCACCGAGUUCCGGUCCCCUCGGGACUCCGACGGCCACGGCACCCAUACCGCCUCCAUUGCCGCGGGCCGCUACGUGUUCCCUGCUUCCACCCUUGGUUACGCCCGCGGCGUGGCAUCUGGGAUGGCCCCAAAGGCCCGGCUCGCCGCCUACAAGGUCUGCUGGAACUCCGGCUGCUACGACUCUGACAUCCUUGCAGCCUUCGAUGCUGCCGUUGCCGACGGCGUGGACGUGAUCUCCCUCUCCGUUGGGGGCGUCGUGACGCCCUAUUACCUGGACUCGAUUGCGAUUGGGGCCUAUGGGGCGGUCGAAUCGGGUGUCUUCGUCUCUGCCUCAGCCGGAAAUGGUGGGCCGGGGGGGCUCACCGUCACGAAUAUCGCCCCGUGGGUCACCACUGUUGGUGCGGGCACGAUUGACCGGGAUUUCCCAGCGGAUGUCAAGCUCGGGAAAGGGAGAAUUGUAUCAGGGGUGAGCAUCUAUGGCGGGCCGGGGCUUACUCCGGGUCGCAUGUACCCACUGAUCUAUGCAGGAAGUGAGGGUGGGGAUGGGUACUCGGCGUCGCUGUGCUUAGAUGGGUCGCUGGACCCGAGCCUUGUGAAGGGCAAGAUCGUUGUUUGUGAUCGAGGGAUCAAUUCUCGUGCUGCAAAAGGAGAGGUGGUGAAGAAAGCGGGUGGAAUCGGGAUGAUCUUGGCCAACGGAGUCUUCGACGGGGAAGGACUGGUGGCAGAUUGCCAUGUCUUGCCUGCGGCUUCUGUCGGGGCCGUGGGAGGGGAUGAGAUUCGGAAGUACAUUGAGGCGGCUCGAAAGUCCAAGUCCCUGCCAACUGCCACGAUCAUCUUCAAGGGGACCCGAGUUGGGGUGAGGCCUGCCCCAGUCGUGGCCUCUUUCUCUGCCCGGGGCCCGAAUCCAGUGUCUCCGGAAAUCAUCAAGCCCGACGUGAUUGCCCCCGGACUGAACAUCCUCGCUGCCUGGCCCGACAAUGUGGGGCCUUCAGGCAUCCCCUCGGACAAGCGGAAGACUGAGUUCAACAUCCUAUCAGGGACAUCCAUGGCCUGCCCACAUGUCUCGGGUUUGGCUGCCCUUCUCAAGGCGGCUCAUCCGGAAUGGAGCCCAGCAGCGAUUAGGUCCGCUCUAAUGACCACAGCCUACACGGUCGAUAACCGGGGUGAGAACAUGCUGGACGAGUCCUCAGGGAACACCUCGACUGUAAUGGACUAUGGAGCGGGCCACGUACAUCCUCAGAAGGCCAUUGACCCAGGAUUGAUCUAUGACCUAACGACCUACGACUACAUUGACUUCCUCUGCAACUCGAAUUACACGACUAACAACAUUCGUGUUGUCACCCGGAAGAAAGCAGACUGCAGCGGGGCAAAACGGGCAGGACACACAGGGAACCUCAACUACCCAUCCCUCUCGGUGACGUUCCAGCAAUACGGCAUUAAGCACAAGCUCUCGUCCCACUUCAUCCGGACCGUGACCAACGUCGGGGAAGCCAACUCCGUGUACAAAGUCUCAGUAAGGCCACCGAGCGGAGUAAAAGUCAUGGUGGAGCCUGAGAAGCUCGUGUUCCGGAGAGUGGGGCAGAGGUUGAACUUCCUAGUGAGGGUGCAAUCGCAUGAGGUGAAACUCUCGCCAGGGAGCUCGAGCAUGAGGACCGGGUCGAUAAUUUGGUCGGACGGGAAGCACACCGUGACUAGUCCCCUCGUAGUGACGAUGCAGCAGCCCCUGUAAUGAGGGCUGCUGUUUUUGAGGCUGUAGGUGAAUUAGACGUUUGGUGUCAUCUAUGGAUAUAUAAGUUAAGGUUAAUGUCAAUAUGUGUACUUUGUAAAAUUGAGAAUGCUUUGUAUGGUUCGGGGGGGGGGGGGAGCUUUCUACUUCAGAAAGCUGGCAGAGUUCGGGGGCGAGUUUGUAAUGAAAAGAAAGUUUGGCGGCGAGUUUGUAAUGCAAGCAAAGUUCCGGGGUUGUGUGUUUUUACUGUAAGAUGAUGAAAGAAAAGGGGGGAAAAGAGAAAAAACAGGGGAAUAUGUUUGUAGAAAGGAAGUGCAUGGAAAGUAACACAUGGGAAACUCUGUUCCAUCUUAGCCAUGGGAAGAAAAGAUCUAUGCUAGCUAGAUUCAGUCUUUCAAUAUCGAAGUCGUGUGUUAGUCUGUGCCUGUUGAGCUUCGAGUCCAACGCACCUGUUGAGCUUCGAGUCACCGCUUGGCUUUUCCGCUCUCAAGAUUCAUCAGCUCUGAACAGGCAGGAUCGUUGCCGUGUGUGUUGGCUGUGGUUGAGACUUGUCACAGUUACGGCCUGACUUUGAGCCCAUGUGAAGUACGAUGAAGCGAAAGUGUAUAUGAAGCUGCCGAAAGACAUGGAUCUAGACUUAAGAAGGUUAAUGACGGAACCGAGUAGCUUGCAGCUGGAGUAUUACGACAUCUGUUCGGGUUAUUUCGAUAUCGACAUCAACCGAGGCUUCCUAAACAUCGUGACUUAUAAUGACAAGGUAUCGGGAAAGACUUGUGCUGUU